AUGGGCGGAAGAGUAGAAAAUGUCGGUAUCCUCGCUAUGGAGCUGUACUUCCCUUCACAAUACGUCGAUCAAACGGAACUGGAAAAAUUCGACGAAGUAUCUACCGGCAAAUACACGGUCGGACUGGGCCAGCACAAAAUGGGAUUCUGUUCAGACAGGGAAGACAUAAACUCUAUCUGUAUGACAGCGUUACACAGGCUUAUAGAGAAGAACAAUAUCAAUCUCCAUGAUAUAGGGAGAUUAGAGGUUGGCACUGAGACAAUCAUAGAUAAAAGUAAGAGUGUGAAGACUUACCUCAUGACCUUGUUUGCUGAGGCAGGAGCCACAGAUAUUGAAGGUAUAGACACAACUAAUGCUUGUUAUGGUGGAACUGCAGCUCUGUUUAAUGCUGUGAACUGGGUGGAGUCAUCAUCGUGGGAUGGUAGGAAGGCCAUAGUGGUGGCAGGUGAUAUAGCAGUAUAUGGCAAGGGCCCGGCACGGCCCACAGGAGGUGCAGGUGCUGUGGCUAUGCUUAUAGGUCCCAAAGCACCAUUGGUACUGGAUUGUGGUGUCCGUGCUUCAUACAUGACACACGCCUAUGACUUCUACAAGCCAGAUCUGGCCUCAGAAUUCCCAUUUGUGGAUGGAAAACUAUCAAUCCAAUGCUACCUCAGUGCUUUAGAUAAUUGUUACAAUUUGUAUUGUAAGAAGAUGAGGAAAGUUGAGCCUGACUUCAAAGGUUUGUUGAGUUUAGAUGGUAUGUUGUUCCACUGCCCAUAUAGUAAAUUAGUUCAGAAGUCUCUGGCUAGGGUUUGUUUCAAUGAUUUCCUAAAUGCAUCCCCAGAACAACGGGAAGAACAGUUCCCAGGCUUAUCUAAAUUCAGUUCUUACAAAUUGGAAGACACAUACUUUGAUAGAGAUGUUGAGAAAGCAUUCAUGACAUAUAGCCAAGCUCUCUUUGAUGAAAAAACUAAGCCUUCACUGUAUAUUGCAAAGAAUGUAGGUAACAUGUACACACCAUCAUUGUAUGGUGGGCUUGCGUCAUAUCUUAUCAGUAAAUCUCCUGAGCAAUUGAUUGGGAAGAAGUUUGCAUUAUUUUCUUAUGGAUCAGGUCUUGCUUCAACAAUGUACUCGAUAAACAUAUGCAAUGACAUGAGUGUGGGGUCAAAGUUGGCCAAGUUACUGAGUUCACUGAAUGAUACUGUGUCUUUAUUGAAUGAGCGACAGAGUGUGGAACCUAGCAAGUUUUCUGAUAUCAUGGAUGUAAGAACUAAGAACUACCACACUGCUCCCUACCAACCGUCAGGUUCAGUAGACAUUUUGUUCCCUGGCACAUACUACCUUGUCAACAUCGAUGAUCUUAGAAGACGUUUUUAUGAAAGAAAAGUUUGA